AUGCUCUCCGUCGGUGUCACUCCUUGCAUCCUUGUCAUUGUGCAACUGCUAAAUUGCAAUGCAUGCAGUGCACUUCUGCCCAGUGGACUUGGAAGAAGCCCAGCGCAGCAACUUUUUCAAGGCACUCACCUACGAAGCGAUCGGCGCUUGUCCCAUCGGCCAGCGGCCAGCAAAGCGAUGGACUCACAGACCUGCCCAGGGGGCUUUUCGCACCAGCCGGACUGGGUGUGGGUGGCAGUGGCGGUCUUGGUGGGGAUAGGCGCCUUUUUGUACUGGGCGCUGGACUUCUAUCUCCUAGAGGCUUUGCUGGGAACAUCCAAGGUUGAGGUGGAAUGGGAUCGUGAUUCGCCCAUCACUAAGCUGGCCGCAAAACACUGCAAGUCGCUCACCCGUGGCAGGUUUCGAUCCACACCCCUCCUCUGCAGCCCCCACCUGCAAGUCGUUUACCUUGCUCUCGAGAAGGGACCCAAGGUUACGUACAGACGAGAAGUUGUCAUUCAGCGAGAUGGCGGUUCGGUGGGUCUGGACUGGGCUGGCGCUGAGAAGCCAGAUACGCCGACCGUCAUCAUCACCCCGGGGCUUACGAGCGAUUCCACGCCAGCAUACGUCAAGUACUUGGUCGCCGCCAUUGUGAAGCAAGGCUGGCGGGCAGUCGUGAUUAACCACCGAGGCUUGGGUGGCGUCUCUUUUACGUCUGACGCAACCCACCACGCCGGCUGGACCACCGACAUCCGCGAAGUGGUCGCGCUGCUCCAGAAACGCAUACCGGCCGCGCACCUUGCGGUUGUCGGCUGCAGUCUCGGGGCCAACAUGACCAUACGCUAUCUGGGUGAAGAGGGCGAUAAGACGCCCGUCGUGGGCGGAUUUACAUGCGGCAGCCCAUACGAUAUGCUGAUCGUGGACCGGUUCUGCAACCGGAAAUUGAUCCAGAAGAUCUGGUGCAAGCUCAUGGCGGACGGGAUGAAAGAGUACGCGGAGAAGAACCGGGAAGCGUUCGCGAAGGUGGCGGAUCGCGCGCAUGUUAUGGCGAGCCGCACCGUGCACGAGUUUGACGACCGGGUCGUGCGGGUAAUCGCCAAAUACGAGACGGUCGACUCGUACUACCGCCAGUCUAGUUGCGCCCCCGUCGUGACGUCCAUCCGGGUGCCCCUUCUGGCCGUCAGUGCUCUGGACGACCCAAUCUGCACUCAAGAGGCCAUUCCCCGGGACGAAAUCCGCCUUAACCCGAACGUCGUUUUGGCGACUGCCGCCCGGGGUGGUCACCUGGCUAUCUACGAGGGGUGGCUGCCGACCCAGGUCUGGUGGACGCGGCCCUGCGUGGAGUUCUUAGGGGCGCUCUUCGAAAAAGCGGGCAAGAAAUGAGCAUCGUGUUUGCGAGGGACCGCUCACAUAAGCGGGCUCUUAUUCAAUCUGAUAAUUACUGCCCGAGUUGUUUGAGGGGAAGCUAGGUGCUCUGAGCGCCGCCAUCGACGAGAAUUUCAUUGUUGUUGACCAUAUUAUCGCCUUGGUUUCUCACAGACCCUUUCACAACGGACUCAACCGCGUAGUCCCUGUAUACGUAAUUGUCUAGUGAAAGUGGGACACUGAUGACCAUUUUGUAGUGAUGAUUUGUUGUAAAGUCUACAAAGAACCUGUUCGUAUGCCUGCAAUCUUUCAUGACGGUCUUUAUUGCCGAGUUGAACCGGGUGCACCUCAGUUGACC